UAUUGAAAAUCAAAUAAGCAAAAACCAAAACCAUGACAUUAGGCAGUGUCACUCCUGUCUGCAAUCCUAGAAAGGAGGCAGAGCCCGGAUGAGGCCUGGUGCGUGCUGGCAGAGGGGAUCAGCCCUGCUGCCCCCAGCUAGGGGAGAAGAGCAGGAGAAAAUCACCAGGGGCGAGCCACGGGUGGGCCGUCUUUGACUUGGUGUAGGAGGAAUCAAUGCACGGAGGGGGCAGGGCAGCAGUGUUGGCUUGUGAGGAGAGUCAGUGAGGCCCAUGUCCUGUUGCCUCAGAGGAAGACAUGGGUUUUGCUGAAGGCACCCCAGUGCUGUACGGAUCUGGAGCUUUGUCUCGGCUGGGGUGAUGUGGGAAGACUCAGUCAAAGCCUCAGACACUGCUGCAAAGUGCCAACAGGGAGCAGACACAAUAUAGGGAACAGAACGGACAGAGGCACUGCGGAAAACCUGGAUGCCAUUGCUGGGAUUGGAGUGCUGCAGAUGACGCUCGCCCGUUGUGACGUCACUGGCACCGCUCCCCUACGUGAGGGAUAGUGACAUACGCAGCAGGGGAUUGUGACCUCUUGGCCCUGGCUGCCUGUAGCCGGGCACAGAGUCUCUCACUCUCACUUGUGCCCGCACUCCAGCCGAGCGUGUCUGUGAGGUUUGGAGCAAGGAGCAAGGAUAGCCUUGGUGCUGGUCUCGUGCUCUGGGAGCUGCCGACAGCCGCUCUCAGUGCUCGUCCCCAGAGCCACUAGAGCUUCUUCCCCGCCCUGCCUGGCUCAGGCAGCCGGGGCACCCAGGAGGCCGCAGCAGCAAAGGGAACCGCGUGACCCCUGCUGCUGCAGCAGUGGGGUGAGGAGCAGCCCCUCAUCCCCUUUGCUCUCCUGUUCACCCAGCAGCUGGACAGCAUGGCCACCGAGCUGGACCGUCGCUGCCCUAUUUGUUUGGACACCAUGAAUGACGCCAGCCAUGUGAUGCCGUGCCUGCACCAGUUCUGCUUUGGCUGCAUCCAGCGGUGGGCUGAGAGCAGGCCCACGUGCCCCCUCUGCAAACGCAGGGUGAAGUCCAUCCUGCACUCGGUGCAUGCGGACGACAGCUUUCAAGAGGUUGUCGUCGGAAGGCAGGAGAGGGCCAGGACAGCACCGCACCACGCAACACCAGCAGAAGAGCAGCCAGGGGCGGUGCCCGCCUGGGCAUCCAUUUCCCGACAGCCUCCAGCUGUGCUCCGGCCCCUGCUGCCCUGGCUGCGCCAGGAGCUGGGGCAGCUCUUUGGGGCUGACCACAGGGCAGCCUCUGCAGCACAGCGCCAUGUCAUCUCUGGCCUGUGCUUCUUUGGCCUGGACGAGGGAGCGCUGAAUUUGUGGCUGCUCUGCUCCCUGCGAAGCCAGACCGCCAGCUUUGUGCGACGGCUCGUCAUGCAAGCUGCGCAUGUGUGCAAUGGGCUGGUGCAACGUCUGCCUGGCCCGGAGGCCUCUCGCGCUGCCAUGGGACAGGAGGGCAGCCCCGCAGCUGCCCAUGGUGCAGCUGCUUCCCCAGCACAGACUCCUGUCUCCGGCCCACGGCCCUCCCGCAACACCAGGGAAGACAACGGGGAAGAGGAGCAUCCUGUGCCCUCGACCACUGCCCUCAGUGAGGGGCCCAGCCAGCCUCCAUCCCUCCCGGCUCCAUCGAGGACCAGCCAGCAAGCAGCCCAGGAGGAGCCGGGGGAGGCAGUGCCGGGUCCCUCCAGCACCAACAGGGCCAGGGAGCGCUCACGCAGGGCGCCUCGGCGAGCCCCGAAGAGGAGGGCCCACGACUCUGGGGCCUCUGCACCUCCUGCCAAGAGGCCACCCCGCCGGCAGCGCUAGGACACCGCCCCAGCAGCUGGCGAGAACAGGGCCGGGCCUGCAGCUGGGGCACAACCAGCCCUCAGGGGCUCAGACUGUGUCAGACUCUCAGAAUCACAGCAUGGCCUGGGUUGGAAGGGACCUCAAAGAUCGGCAAUCUCCAACCCCCCGCCACAGGCAGGGCCACCAACCUCCACAUGUGACACCAGACCAGGCUGCCCGAGGCCCCCUCCAACCUGGCUUGCACACCUCCAGGGACGGGGCAUCCGCAACUUCUCUGGGCAGCCUCACCACUCUCCCUGUAAAGAAC